AGGAGCCGCGAGCGCAGCGGAGGAAGAGGACAGGGAGGAGGAGGAGAAGGUGGUGGCUGCGUCCCUGAGGGGCCGAGCUGCGCUCGAGGCAAGGGAACGGAGGCCGUUCGGAGGUGCCCCGCAUCAGGACCCGCCACGGGGCGCAGGGCGCACGGGCCGAGAGCUGCGGGGCCGAGGUCUGCGGCUUGGUGCAUGAGGGGCCCGCAGCGGCGCGGCGGCGGUGGGAAUGGUUCGGGCGGCGGAGCCGGAGUGGCCUGGGUUCUGGUGAGGCGUGACAGUCUAUCAUGACUGUGUUCAGGCAGGAAAACGUGGACGACUACUACGACACCGGCGAGGAACUGGGCAGCGGACAGUUCGCGGUGGUGAAGAAAUGCCGUGAGAAAAGCACUGGUCUUCAGUAUGCAGCCAAGUUCAUCAAGAAAAGGAGGACCAAGUCCAGCCGACGGGGUGUGAGCCGUGAGGACAUCGAACGGGAAGUCAGCAUUCUGAAGGAGAUCCGCCACCCGAAUGUCAUCACCCUGCAUGAGGUCUAUGAGAACAAGACUGAUGUCAUUCUGAUCCUGGAGCUUGUUGCAGGGGGCGAACUGUUUGACUUCUUGGCUGAGAAGGAAUCCCUGACAGAAGAGGAGGCGACAGAAUUUCUCAAGCAGAUUCUCAGUGGUGUCUACUACCUACACUCACUUCAGAUCGCCCACUUUGACCUGAAGCCAGAAAACAUCAUGCUUCUGGAUAGAAAUGUGCCCAAGCCUCGGAUCAAGAUCAUCGACUUCGGCCUGGCCCAUAAAAUCGACUUUGGAAAUGAAUUCAAAAAUAUAUUUGGGACACCAGAGUUUGUGGCUCCAGAGAUAGUCAACUAUGAGCCCCUUGGUCUCGAGGCAGACAUGUGGAGCAUUGGGGUAAUAACCUACAUUCUCCUAAGUGGGGCCUCCCCAUUUCUUGGAGACACCAAGCAAGAAACAUUAGCGAACGUAUCUGCUGUCAACUACGAAUUUGAGGAGGAAUUCUUCCGUAAUACCAGUGCCCUUGCCAAAGAUUUCAUCAGGAGACUGCUGGUCAAGGAUCCAAAGAAAAGGAUGACAAUCCAGGACAGUUUGCAGCACCCCUGGAUCAAGCCUAAAGAUACACAACAAGCUCUUAGUCGAAAAGCCUCAGCAGUAAACAUGGAGAAAUUCAAGAAGUUUGCAGCUCGGAAAAAAUGGAAACAAUCUGUUCGCUUGAUAUCACUGUGCCAAAGAUUAUCCAGGUCAUUUUUGUCCAGAAGUAACAUGAGCGUGGCCAGAAGCGAUGAUACUCUGGACGAGGAAGACUCCUUUGUGAUGAAAGCCAUCAUCCAUGCCAUCAGUGAUGACAACGUCCCAGGCCUGCAGCACCUUCUGGGCUCGCUGUCCAGCUAUGACGUUAACCAGCCCAACAAGCACGGGACACCUCCGUUGCUGAUUGCUGCCGGCUGUGGGAAUAUCCAGAUGCUGCAGUUACUCAUCAAACGAGGCUCAAGGAUCGAUGUCCAGGAUAAGGGAGGAUCCAAUGCCAUCUACUGGGCAUCUCGGCAUGGCCACGUGGAUACUCUGAAAUUUCUCAAUGAGAACAAAUGUCCUUUGGAUGUUAAAGACAAGUCUGGAGAGACAGCCCUUCAUGUGGCAGCCCGGUACGGACACGCGGAUGUGGUGCAGCUUCUCUGCAGCUUCGGUUCUAACCCUGACUUCCAGGACAAGGAAGAAGAAACCCCCCUGCACUGUGCUGCCUGGCAUGGCUAUUAUUCCGUGGCCAAAGCCCUCUGUGAAGUUGGCUGCAAUGUGAAUAUCAAGAACCGGGAGGGAGAGACCCCACUGCUGACAGCUUCCGCCAGGGGCUAUCAUGACAUCGUGGAGUGUCUGGUUGGACAUGGAGCUGACCUGAAUGCCUCUGACAAGGAUGGACACAUUGCCCUUCAUCUCGCGGUGAGGCGCUGUCAGAUGGAGGUCAUCAAGACCCUCCUCGGCCAUGGGUGCUUCGUGGAUUUCCAAGACAGGCAUGGCAACACGCCCCUGCACGUGGCCUGCAAAGACGGAAGCGCACCUAUCGUGAUGGCCCUCUGCGAAGCCAGCUGCAAUCUAGACAUCUCAAACAAGUAUGGACGUACUCCUCUCCACCUUGCAGCCAACAACGGGAUCCUGGAUGUGGUCCGCUACCUCUGUCUGAUGGGCGCCAAUGUGGAGGCUCUGACCUCGGAUGGCAAGACAGCUGAGGACCUCGCCAGGUCUGAACAGCAUGAGCAUGUGGCGGGGCUCCUGGCAAGACUACGGAAGGACACACACAGAGGACUCUUCAUCCAGCAGCUCCGACCCACACAGAAUCUCCAGCCAAGAAUCAAACUCAAACUGUUCGGCCACUCAGGGUCUGGGAAAUCCACGCUGGUGGAGUCUCUCAAGUGUGGGCUGUUGAGGAGUUUCUUCAGAAGGCGCAGGCCCAGGCUCUCCUCCAUGAACUCCACCCGCUUCCCUCCAUCGCCCCUGGCUGCUAAGCCAACAGUUUCGGUGAGCAUUAACAACCUGUACCCUGGCUGUGAGAACGUGAGCGUGAGGAGCCGCAGCAUGAUGUUCGAGCCAGGCCUUACCAAAGGGAUGCUGGAAGUGUUUGUGGCUCCGUCCCAUCACCUGCACUGCUCGGCCGACGACCAGUCCACCAAGGCCAUCGACAUCCAGAACGCUUAUUUGAAUGGAGUUGGUGAUUUCAGUGUAUGGGAGUUCUCUGGGAACCCCGUGUACUUUUGUUGCUAUGACUACUUCGCUGCCAACGAUCCCACAUCCAUCCAUGUCAUCGUUUUCAGUCUAGAAGAACCCUACGAGAUCCAACUGAACCAAGUGAUUUUCUGGCUCAGUUUCUUGAAGUCUCUGGUCCCAGUUGAAGAACCCAUAGCAUUUGGAGGCAAGCUGAAGAACCCACUCCGAGUUGUCCUGGUGGCCACACAUGCUGACAUCAUGAACAUCCCUCGGCCUGCUGGAGGCGAGUUUGGAUAUGAUAAGGAUAUAUCCUUGCUGAAAGAGAUCAGGAACAGGUUCGGGAAUGACCUCCAUGUCUCAAAUAAGCUGUUUGUGCUGGAUGCGGGCGCAUCUGGGUCUAAGGACAUCAAGGUUCUUCGGAAUCACCUGCAAGAAAUACGGAGUCAGAUUGUCUCGGGCUGCCCUCCCAUGACUCACCUGUGUGAGAAGAUCAUCUCAACGCUGCCCUCCUGGCGGAAACUCAACGGACCAAACCAGUUGAUGUCACUGCAGCAGUUCGUGUACGACGUGCAGGACCAGCUGAACCCCCUGGCCUCUGAGGAUGACCUCAGGCGCAUCGCCCAGCAGCUGCACAGCACGGGCGAGAUCAACAUCAUGCAGAGUGAGACGGUUCAGGAUGUGCUGCUGCUCGACCCUCGAUGGCUCUGUACCAAUGUCCUGGGGAAGCUGCUCUCUGUGGAGACCCCGCGGGCCCUACACCAUUACCGGGGCCGUUAUACCAUGGAAGACAUCCAACGCCUGGUCCCCGACAGUGAUGUGGAGGAGCUGCUACAGAUACUAGAUGCCAUGGACAUCUGUGCCCGGGACCUGAGUAGUGGGACUAUGGUGGAUGUUCCCGCUCUGAUCAAAACAGACAGCCUGCAGCGCUCCUGGGCGGAUGAGGAGGAUGAGGUGAUGGUGUACGGCGGGGUGCGCAUCGUCCCUGUGGAGCACCUCACUCCCUUCCCCUGUGGCAUCUUCCACAAGGUUCAGGUCAACCUUUGCCGGUGGGUCCACCAGCAGAGUGCCGAGGGUGACGCCGACAUCCGCCUGUGGGUGAGCGGCUGCAGGAUCGCCAACCGCGGCGCCGAGCUGUUGGUGCUGCUGGUCAACCAUGGCCAGGGCAUCGAGGUUCAGGUGCGUGGGCUGGAGACGGAGAAGAUCAAGUGCUGCCUCCUGCUGGACUCAGUGUGCAGCACCAUCGAGAACGUCAUGGCCACCACCUUGCCGGGGCUCUUGACGGUAAAGCACUACCUGAGCCCCCAGCAGCUGCGGGAACACCACGAACCGGUCAUGGUCUACCAGCCCCGUGACUUCUUCCGCGCUCAGACCCUGAAGGAGAGUUCGCUUACCAACACCAUGGGAGGGUACAAGGAGAGCUUCAGCAGUAUCACCUGCUUCGGGUGUCACGACGUCUACUCACAGGCCAGUCUCGGCAUGGACAUCCAUGCGUCAGACCUGAGUCUGCUGACCCGGAGGAAACUGAGCCGUCUGCUUGACCCACCCGACCCCAUGGGGAAGGACUGGUGCCUUCUGGCCAUGAACUUGGGCCUCCCAGACAUGGUGGCCAAGCACAACAUCAGUACCAGGUCGACUAGGGAUUUCCUUCCCAGCCCAGCGCAUGCCUUGCUGCAGGAAUGGACCUCCUACCCCGAGAGUACGGUCGGCAUCCUCAUAUCCAAACUGCGGGAGCUGGGGCGCCGAGAUGCUGCCGACUUCUUACUGAAGGCUUCCUCCGUGUUCAAGAUCAACCUUGAUGGCAAUGGCCAGGAGGCCUACGCCUCAAGCUGUAACAGUGGCACCUCGUACAAUUCCAUUAGUUCGGUGGUGUCCCGGAGAGGCUCCCAUGCCUGGACCCCACUGUAUGAUUUAUAAACAGACAGUAUGUGAGUGCCUUUUGCAGAAGAGGGUGUGUUGAAAUCGUCUGAGUCAGCCCGGCGCUGUCACCAAGGAAAUGCUACCUCUCUGUCCCUUGCUGUGUGCUGAUCAUCGCCAGAGGUGCUUCACUCUGAGUUGUUGGUUUUGGUUUGGUAUUCUUCCCCACCCCUUUUCUUUCUAGGGAGGGGGCUCUGUGUUUCAUUUGGCAAGGAAAGAGGAAAAAGGAAUCCUCCCCCAGAGUGUUAAUGGCCAGUGUUGCUGUAAGAAGACAUUUUUUAAGUUGCUUUUGUUAAGACAUCCAUGUGAACAUACAUGUACAUGAAACCUACUGACUGUCAUGCCUCACCGCUCCCUCCCAUCUCAGGUAGAAGGUUGACACAGUGUAGAGUUAUGGAGACCCGUGUUAAGAAUUCCGAAGACCCCAGCUCAUCAUCUGUGGCAGUCCGUUGUCCUUGGCGCAUAGCAGAUGGGUCCUAUGUUGAGAUCCUGGUUUGAUCACUUCCUGUACUUGAAGUCUGAAAGAGAAAGAAAAAAGAAAAAACAAGUUUUCUUGGGGUGAUUGAGAUUGUGAUCGAAUUCUAAAUCACUAUGAGGGAACAUGUUUCAAUUCUGUCCUGAGAAGCAUGUUACAUUACCGUAUCAUCUGUACAUAUAUAUAUGCACUAUGUAUAUACAUAUAUAUUAAUACUGGUAUUUUUACUUAAUCUAUAAGAUGUCGUAAAAGAAUUAAGUUGUUUUUUUUUUCUUUUGUUUUAUAAAUAAACUGUUGCGUAUUGCA